UCGCCGUGUGGCUUGCUUGUCAAUCAUUCUACCCCCGGGGUUCCGGAUAGCGAUCUUGAAUCAAGGCAGCAGCUGGAGCCUUCCCCAGAUCCCUCGUCUUAGUGCUUAGUACCUCGUUGCUAUAGUGCUGUUAUCUUACUCGUUUCCUCAAAUAGCAACCUGCGACAGUGCUGCCCCCGGUUCCUCCCGUUACACCAUCAUGGGAUGGGCCGCAAUUGACUGGUCACGGUGGACCACGAAUCCCUAUUAUGCUUUAGUGGUCUUUAUUAUAGCUUGUGGGAGCAUCCCUAAAGGAUACGAUGAGGGUGGCUACAGCGCCAGCGUGAAGCUCGAAUCCUUCAUGAUCGAUUUCAACCUCAUAACCUCCCAUUGGACCCACGAUGAGACCGGCCUGGCCAACCGGAAGGCCAACAUCACCUCUUUCAACGUGCUGGGCGCUGCGUUUGGCGCCCUCAUCUCCUUGGAUUUGAACGACCGUUUGGGUCGGGUACAAACAUGGCGUCUGUCCUGUCUGGUCUGGGCCUCGGGCCUCUUCAUCCAGGUCUUCUCCUGCGGCAUCUACGGUCUAUUGCUAUUUGCCAGAAUCUGGAGUGGCUUGGGUGCUGGAGCACUGACGGUGACCACGCCUCUGUAUCUUUCUGAGAUUGCGCCUGCGCGGACCCGUGGCUUAGUCGUGAGUAUCUACAUGGUCAUUUUGCUAGCAGUGUUAUCCAUGGGGUUCUUCAUUAACUAUGGAGCCGACUUGCACAUGGCUCCAACACGCGAACAGUACCGCCUGGUGCAGUCUAUCCCGUUGAUUCCCACAGGGAUUGCCUUCUUUGCCUCCUACAUUGUGCCCGAAACGCCUCGCUACCUGGUGUCAAAGCAACGCCCUGAUGAAGGGCGUGCCGUGCUGGCUCGUCUUCGCGGCAAAGAUAUCUCCGAUCCCGAGAUCGAGGACGAGUUCAACACCAUCGAUGCCCAGGUGCGGUCCAAGAGGGCAGACCUGGAGUCUGUCACUCACUGGCAGGCCUUCAAAGAAUCCCAGGUGAACCCUAACUACCGACAACGGUUCUGGCUCCUGAUGACCAUGCAAACCAUCGCCCAAUGGACCGGAGGAAACGGCAUCACCUACUACAUCUCGAGCAUCUUCCAGUAUGCCGGCAUCACUGGAAACGCCGAGUCCCUCAUCUCGUCAGGUGCAUACGGCAUCGUCAAGCUCGUCUUCACCAUGGCCUUCACCUGGGUCUUUAUUGACAUGUUCGGCCGACGCCGCUGCACACUGGUCGGUCUCGCCCUCCAACUAGCCGCCCACAUCUACAUGGGCGCCUACAUGGGCCUCCAGCCGGGUUCCGGUGACAACAAGUCGGCCUCCAACGCGGCCAUCGCAUCCGUGUUCAUCUACGCCGUCGGCUGGUCCGUCGGUCUCUGCACCAUCCCCUACCUCUAUGGCACAGAAAUAUUCCCCACCCGCAUCCGCAACGUAUGCUACGCCCUCAGCAUGACCCUGCACUGGUUCUUCCAGUUCGCCGUGGUGCGAGUCACCCCGAACAUGUUCACCUCUCUCGAUGUCUGGGGCGCUUACGUCUUCUGGGCAUGCAUCUGCUUCCUGGGCAUCAUCAUACUCGGUAUCUGGAUGCCCGAGACCAGCGGCGUCCCCAUCGAGCGUAUGGGCGAUCUCUUCGAUUGCCCAUGGUACCUGCGCUGGCGUGCCAAGCCCAGAGACGUCGACUCCUCAUCCUCCUCCACCACUGCCGGAGAAGGUGACGGUGCUGGCCGUGUCGACUCCAAGCAGGUCGAAAGCAGGAGCGAGCCUCUAUAAACUAUAAACAUUUUAGAAAGAAAGAUUGUUUCUGUUCUGUCUGCUACGCUGCAUUGCAGAGUUUAUCCGCCUGCUCGCAUAUACAUGCAUACAUACAUAACAUACAUUUUACUACAUUUACCUUUUGGAUGAGAUACCCAUGUCUUCGUUCUGGUGGUUUGAUAUGAAUGGUGAUACAUUAUUAUUAUAUUAGUGUUAAUGGUUGGAAGGGGGUGGAAUGGCAGGGCUGGAUAUUGAAUAUCAGGCCGUUUGUGUCGAGGGGAACUCAAGUGAUAAAAAAGACUUCGUUUCUAGUGUGAUGUGGU